AUGGCAGGCUUCGAGGACCUGCUGCCUGGCGAGAUUGCCAGCAAGCGGAAGCCCGGCCCGGCUCCCAUGCGGGCACCCGCCGCUGGCAGCACCCCCACCCAGCAGCCCCCCAGCGCGCCUGCCGUCGUCACCUCCUUGCCGGCUCGGCCGCUCUCGCAGUCGACAUCGCCAGGACCCGCUGACUCAUCUGUUGACGGCGUGCCAGAUAGCAAGGUGGAUGCCUGGUUCCAGCUGGCAGACGCUGACGGGGACGGCCGGGUGGCGGACAGCGAGGCCCGAGACUUCUUCCUCACCUCGGGCCUGGCGCCAGCAGACCUGAGCAAGAUCUGGAAGCUAGUCAAGUCUCCCGACGUGAUUGCAAGGGAGGGCAAGGGCCUCAGCCGCCACCGCUUUGCCCAGGUGCUGCGCCUCAUCGCGCUGGCACAGUGCAGCGACUACCCUUUCACGCAGGAGAAUGCCGGCGCGGCGCUGCACAGCAACACGUGGCUGGACCUGCACGGCGUGCCGCUGCCGCCGCCGCGCGUGGGUGGGCUCCAGGCGCAGCAGCCGGCCGAGGGUGUGGAUGGGCAGGCGGCGGCAGAGCCGGCGGCGCCUGAGCAGCAGCAGCAGCCGCAGCAGCAGCAGCAGCCGCGGCCCGACAGCGUAGGCGGUGCGCAGGGGCAGGCAGAUGCGGCAGACUCGGCGUCGGAUGCCUCGGGCGCCGCCGGCUUGUUGGGCGGCGACCUGGCAUUGAGUGCGGGGGUUGCAGGCAGCAGCGGCGCAGCCCCUGCCCCCUACGAUUAUGACGACGACGACCUGUUUGGCCUGAGGGCGCUGCAGGUGAGGGCCGCCUCUCACGGGGCAUCCACCAGCGACGAGGCGGCGGCGCGCGCGGCGGCACUGGCGACAGACGCAGCAGCAGCAGCGGCAGCAGAGGAUACAGCGGCCCCUAGUUCGGGGGGCAUGGUGCGCCGCAUGUCGCGCAGCAUCGCGGUGUCCGACCAGAACAGAAUACAGCGGGUGCACACAGGAGAGCUGGAGGCGCCGGUGGCCUUUGAGGCGCGCCUGCCUCCGCUGCAGCCCAAGGUGUCGGCCAAGCUGACCAUGCUGGCUGCCGCCAACGGCUCGCUGUUUGCGGGGCCCGCCGUGGGCGGCGGCCUGCUGCAGUGGGGGCGCCCCGAGGGCAACAUGCGGCGGCCGCUGGAUGUGGAGGGGCAGCACGUGCGCCAGGGUGGCAAGCUGUCCCGCCUGAUGUCAGACCUGAUGUACACGUACAGCAGCGAGACGAAUGUGGCCACAGAGGACACGGAUGCGGCGCCCGCCAUCGAGGUGCACGCCUGCGACAAGGGCCGCGCCUCCUGCUGCGUGCUGGUGGACGGCGCCGCGCAGCUGCUGUGGGUGGCGGACAAGGAGGGCUGGGUGUAUGCCUACGACAUCUCCGGGGAGCCCUGCAUGUCCCUCAAGGCGGGCCACCGCGCUUUCCAGUUCCAGGCGCACCGCGUGGGAUACGUGACGGCCAUGUGCCGCACGCCGCAGGGGGAGCUGUGGACGGGGUCGUCCCGUGGCAACAUGCGGGUGUGGGAGUUGGGUGAGCCGGCGCUUGUGGGUGACACCCCCGAGCCGCCGCGCUCCCGCGAGCUGCGCAAGGGCUUUGGCGAGCGCGCCCACAGCGGGCCUGUGGUGGCGCUGGCCUGCCCCGCCGACGGCCAGCUGGUGUGGAGCGCGUCGGGCAAGGGGGUGCUGCUGUGGGAUGCAGCCUGCGGCGCCUUCCUGGGCAUGCUGCAGCGCUCCGCGCCGCGCUUUGCCAGCCAGCCGAGCCAGGCGGAGAUGUCGCCGCUGGCCGGCGUCGAUGUUGGCCUAGAGACGGACCCAAUCACCCGCUAUGUGGUGGCCCGCCCCCCUAGCUCCGACUGGCCCCGCAUCACCGCCGAGCAAGAGGCCUGGGCUGCGCAGACCGACAACAACAUCAACGAGCUGAUGGAACGAGUGUCCAUCGGCGGCAGCAAGGUGGUGCAGGGGGCGGGCAAGGCGGUGAAGCUGCUGGGCAAGCUGGCGCGCGGGCUGGGCGGCAGCGCGCCCGCCCCCGCCGCCGACGCGCCCAAGCCCUCAGCCAACCGCGCCCCCAGCAGCAGCUCGUUGGCCGGCGCGGGCAGCGUGCCGGGGCCCCUCACAGAUGAUGAGGCGGGGUACCCUCACGUGUCGGGGAUGGUGGGGGAGAUCGUGACGCUGGUGGCGCCGCCGGGCGGCGGCGUGUGGGUGGCCCACAAGUGCGGCAUUGUGGACCGGUACACGGCGGCGGGGCAGCGCCUGGGCUCCACCGACUGCGGGCCCGCCAUCACGGCUGCCUCCGUGCGUGACCAGGAGGGCGGCGCGCUGCGGGUGUUCCAGGCGCACGCGGCGGCCAUCCUGAGCAUCACGCAGGCCGGCUCCCGCACCUACAGCCUGGCUGCCGACGGCAGCAUCAAGGGGUGGAGCUCCGCUGUGCCCCACGACGCAGAUGCCCACGCGCUUGCGUCGUGGGACGAGCAGGCAUGCACCACCUUCAAGCGGGAGAGCCUGCGCGUGCUGUGCGUGACGUGGAACGUCGGGGAGAGCAAGCCUGAGCCCGGGUCGCCCUUCUUCCGCUGGGUGCACGAGGCGGCGUUCAACACGCAGCUGGCGGUGGUGGGGCUGCAGGAGAUUGAGAUGGGCAGCUCGUCAGUGGCCCUGGCCGCCGCCAAGGACGCCUUCUCCCACAAGAUGCAGGAGCGGGGCAACACCAACGCCAAGUUCUGGAGCGCGGGCGUGCUGCAGGCGCUGGGCGGCGAGCGGCACUGGCACCAAGUGGGGCUGCGCCAGCUCAGCGGCAUGCUGGUGCUGGUGUAUGCGCGCAACCACCUGCGGUCCAGCAUCGGCGAGGUGACGACGGCCAGCGUGGCGUGCGGCGUGCUGGGCGUGGGCGGCAACAAGGGCGCUGUGGCGGUGGAGUUCUCGGUGCACCGCCGCAGGAUCGCCGUCGUGUGCUCCCACUUUGCGGCGCACCAGGGCGCCGUGGAGGCUCGCAAUUCCAACUACGCCACCAUCUGCCGCCAGCUGACCUUCAGCCGGCGGGCGUGGUACGCGGAGGAGGAGGCGGCGGCAGCGGCGGCGGCCACGGCCACCCCAGCCCUGGCCGCCAGCAAGUCCAAGGGGCCGCAGGGACACUACCUGGGGGCUGCGGUGUUUGAUGACGCGGCAGACGUGGACAGCGACGCCGACAGCGCCGCGGGCUUUGACCCCCCCGCCGUGCCCAGCCCCGGCGCCACGCCGGUGACGGAGGAGGUGGUGCAGGGGGAGGGGAUGCGGGAUGCGGAGAUGCUGGUGUGGCUGGGCGACUUCAACUACCGCAUAGACGGCGCGUACGAGGCGGUGAAGGAGCGGGCCAUUCGCAACGAGCUGUCGCCGCUGCUGAAGCUGGACCAGUGCCGGCGGGAGAUGGCGUUUGGGCGGGUGUUCCGCGGCAUGCGCGAGGGCUGCAUCACCUUCCGCCCCACCUACAAGUUUGACAAGGCCAGCGCCAACCCCUUUGGGUACGACACCAGCGAGAAGCGGCGCAUCCCCGCCUGGUGCGACCGCAUCUUCUUUCGGGGCACCCGCCCCUUCCCCACGCCAGAGGCGCUGGAGGGCGAGGGCUGGGCGCCGCUGAAUGAGGAGGAUGAGGUGGUGGUGCGAGCGCUGGAGUACAGCUGCUGGGCAGACGUGACAGACUCUGACCACAAGCCCGUGUAUGCUGUGCUGGAGGCAAACCUGCCUGUCACCAACCAGGCCAAGAAGCGCGGGGUGUGCAGCCAGCUGCUCAAGGAGUGCGCCGCCGUGGCGCUGGAGGGCGCCACCGACGCGGCUGCCAGCCUGGCGCCAGACCACGUCAAGCUGCACCCCAGCGCCAUGCCGCGCCAGAUGCUGCUGCUGCGCAACGACGGCUCGCAGCCGCUGCUGUUUGCGGUGAGCCACGGCUCGGGGGACACGGCGGCGGCAGCGGUGGCGGCCGCCGUGGCGCGGCACGGCAGCGAGGAGGAGGCGGCGGCGGUGGCGGCGGCGCACCAGCUGCUGGAGGUGCGGCCGGUGCGGGGCGUGGUGCAGCCGGGCAAGGACCAGGCCAUCCAGGUGCACCUGGCGGGCGACGAGUGGGCUCUGCAGGGCGCUGAGCAGGCGCCCGAGAUGUCGUACCGCGUGUGUGUGGGCAGCGAGUACAGCGCCGGCGGGGAGGGCAACGCCCCCGGCUCCGCCACACUGACCUUCACCGCCACCUGCCUGACACACUUGUGA